AUGUUGUAUACCACCAACAUACCUCCAUGUUUAAAAGUAGCAGAUUUGGGCUGCUCAUCAGGGACAAACACCCUACUGGUGAUCACAGAGAUCAUCGAGGCUCUUGAUAAAAGAUGUCAUCAGUUGAAUCGUGAUACACCAGAAUUUCAAGUGUUCCUCAAUAAUCUUCUAAGUAAUGACUUCAACAUCAUUUUCAAGACCUUGCCGGCUUUCUAUGAAAAACUAAAGAAGGAGAAGGGUGAAAAGUUUGGGUAUUGUUCCAUCUCAGGAUUACCUAGUUCUUUCUAUGAGAGGCUUUUUCCAAGCAGUACUAUAGACUUUGUUCAUUCCUCUUACAGCCUUCGUUGGCUCUCUCAGGUUCCAUCAAUGACUGAAAGUAACAAAGGAAAUAUUUACUUCGUAAGGAUGAGUCCACCAAGUGUGCACAAAGCAUAUUUGGAGCAAUUUCAAAAGGAUUUCUCCUUAUUUCUUAGCUUGCGUUCCAAGAAAAUAACAUCAGGAGGGCGAAUGGUUCUAACAAUGUUAGGCAGGAGAAGUGAAGAUCCCUUUGGCAAUGCAUGUUACAUAUGGGAGUACUUGUCUAAGUCACUAAAUGACUUAGUCUCAGAGGGUCUCACUGAAGAAGCUAAAGUGGAUUCAUUCAAUUUGCCUUUCUAUAUGCCUUCUAGUGAAGAGUUAGAGGCUAUAGUUAGUGCGGAAGGAUCGUUUUAUCUUGAUGAACUAGAAUUUUUUUACAUCAAUUGGGAUGGGUGUGAUGAUGAUGACAACAAAGAGCUCGUGUUUAAUAGAUUUACAAGUGGGCAGAAAGUGGCAAAGAUUAUAAGAGCAGUGAUAGAACCCUUGAUCGCUUGUCACUUUGGGGAUUCUGUGAUUGAAAUUCUGUUUAGUAGGUUUAUGGAGUAUGUCAGCGAUCACCUCUCAAGGGAUGAGGGUAAAUUAGUUAAUUUCAUCAUUUCCUUGAGAGGGAAGUGA